GAUCAAAUCAUCGUCAUUCACUGGGGUGGUAACAUGGCAUUGAAUUUCCUAAUCAUCUUUAUGAAGUUUAAUAGUUUAUGUUAAUUACUGGAUGAAUGCCAAUCAGCAUGCAUGGUCUCACACCACUGACAAUGUUCUUUUCCCCCAUUUACCGCAGGAUACCAUUACCUUCAUGUCCCAACCGUCGGUGAUGGAGGCAUUGCUUCUCCUUCUCGAUCAUUCCUCCACAGCUGUUGUGGCAGCAGUCCUCGGGGUACUUACCAAUCUUUCUGUGAACACAAAUGCUCGCCGGCGACUACUCAACAUUGGUGGCACGGAAAAGCUGAUUCGCUCAGUGGGAAGAUGGCUCGAUCUCGAUGUUGGUUUGGUGCUAGAGGAACGGGAGGACAACGAGGAAGAAGAAGAAUAUGACAUGGCUGCAAGCUUUGCCAAUUUUGCCUUGAUGUUGCCUGAGGGUCAAGGCGAUGAUGGGUGUCAGAGCAUUCUCGAAGAUGAAGUGCGAAGAGAGGGCAAUGGGACUCCCGCUGGCGACAUUCUUCCUGCAGAAACAGAGAAAACUAUGUUUACGUCCUCUGGUUUUUGCAAUGACAGAUUUACAGAGUGUGGGAGGGACCAAUUCAGGUCGGUGCAUACAGGUCCCAUUCCUGUUACUCAAGAGGGUUUCUGUAACACAUUGCAAAGGAGUGGGGACAGAGUGGGGGGCAUCGGUCAUGGCACUUUUACUCACCGGAUGGAGGAACCCGCUCGCGGAGAGGCAGCCUCCCACUCCUAUGCUUGUGCGGAUUCAGAUGACGAUCCUUUCAACAACAAGCAUAUUCCCCACGAGGCAUGCCGACUGUCUGGGUGGAAAUUUGGACAGCAUACAUGGGGAGGAAUCACAAAUAACAGGACACACUGCGAUAACGAGAUUGGCAGCGAGAGGUACGGAACCAAUGAUGAUGGUAACGGUGCCGGUGGUGGUGGUGGUGGUGGUGGUGAUGGUGGCGGUAGUCACGAUGAUGACGAUGAGAAUGUUCUUGAAAGAAGUGAUGCGAAAAUGGGUGAGACACUUGAAGUUUCUGCUACUAACGGGAGUGGACAAGACAGAAAGACCUCAGACGACCAAGAAAAGGAGAAGAGAGGACAGAUAUCUGUCCUUGGCGGUCAGCAUAGCAAUGUGAUUUUCAGGCAAGACAAUGUUCAAACUCUCAGAAUGGAGACCUGUAUGUCUGCAGAUGAGUCCAACCCAUCUCGAGGGCAUCUACUUAGAAAUCAUAGGGGGGAAGCCAAUGGCAAGAGCACUCGAGUUACGGAAAGGUCCUGUUCUGUUUCGAAACAAGCCUGCAAUAAUUCUGAACAUCCUGAACGAGACGGCAAUCGCAAAAAUAAAAGCAACAGAAACAGAGCUCCAAAGUUUGCAACAUCUGGGAAUGAGCACCAUGUGGGAGCAUCUGAGCAGCUGAAGAAUUGCAGGCUGUCUACGUAUAAUGGAGGGAAACAGGCCCAGGUGCUGGCAGGAGAUCAGGGCAUCACACACUUGGGCAUUGAUAAAAUGUCAGGACGCUCACCAGGUGUUGCAAUCCAAUCUAAGACGAGCCCUCAUCGAAAGGGCAACUCUGGAGGGAAAGAAGGCAGUUGCCAUGUUCAGAGGAAAGCGGGUGAAGGGCAACAUUAUAAAACAUUGCAUGAACGUCACUUUAGACCCCAAAGAACAGCAGCAGAGUGCAACAGCACAGGAGAUGGAUUGAAUGGUCAGACAAGCAGAGAAUUAACAGAUGAGAAUGCAAAGGAAAGUGACGGCCAGAGGGAUAGAGGCACCUGUGUUACGGACUAUGGAAGUAUGCUAGGUGGCACAGCCGAUCAUCAUCGACAUCACAAGGAUCAUCGCUGUGACAAUGUGGACGUGAGUCGUAAGGUUCGCGGAAAGGACAGGGAUCUAAGAGAGCGGGGACUGAUUCGUGUAUCCACUUCUGUAAAACCGGCAACGAAUGUUGUAGGCCAUCAUGUGCUGACUCGCAGCGAUAGUAUGAAGAGAAGUCGGCAGACUCCAUCUGGAAUUCAAACCCCAUCGAUGAGCAUGUGCCUUGAGAAUUCAACCCGAGAAAGACACACAAGUGCAAAGUGGCAUGAAAACGAGGUCAGCAAUCAUCAUGGACGCUGGUUAAAUGGAACGAAGCAAUCAGCGGAUGGUCCCCUAAAGCAGGAAGCAUGCAUGUGGUAUUGGAGAGGGCGGACGUGCCUGUGGUCAUUGGCAGCUGCAGCGUGUAAAGUGCUGUAUAAUGUGUUUGCACAAGGAGGUAGUAGGGGCUCCUCUUGUCUAGCUGGCAAUCCUACAAUGGAAGGGUUGAAAAACACCGAGCAGGACAGUGAAGGAACCGCAAAGCUGGGAAACCUUGUCAUCUUGGGAGGUAAAGAGGCUUCCAGCUCUCCAACUUCUUUUGAUUUGUCGGCAUGCGAAUCACUCACAUCAUAUCAAGAAUCCAAAAUCAACUCUCUUCAGAACAAGGAGGUGAGAGUGCUGGUUGAGCUCCUCACAUGCGCUAUGCGGUAUAUUCAGCAGGUAGGUAGAGAAGACACUGUUCCUCGUCUCCCCACUGCUACCAGUGACUCCUUUGGUGGCACUGAGCCAGGAACAGCUGCAAAUCGUGAGGCUGACGAGGAUGGCAAAUGCCAAAUUAUCAUUCAGAGGCCUGAUUUCCACAGUGCCGCAGAAUCAAGGAGUUCUAAGGAAUGCCCCUUGAUCCAGAAGCAACCCCAAGAGGUGGCUUCAUCCAUGGAAAACCCUGCAUCUGUCUCCUUUGCUUCCCACACAAAUGCAGAUCAAGGUAACAUCAACCAAAGCUAUGCCCCCUUCUGUACUUUGCAAUCCACCAAUAGCCUUUCAGAAUCCCGCAGGCAAAGACGAAAUUGCCCUGAGGGGUCUAUUGAACAGGAUUCCCUGGCAACAAAUGCUCAACUAAAUCAGAUGAUGGUAGAGCCUGAGAGCUUCCUCGUGGACGACGUUCAGCUUCAGCCAAAGCCAGUGCAGAAGGCUGACUGCGGCAUUUUGAAGCAGCACAGCACCAAGGCUUGCAAAGCAUGGCAGGCCAGGGCAGUGCGGGAUCCAGUUAUGGAAAACCACUGUGAAGGCUUCCCCAACUUGAAUGCUCCAGCUAUGGAGUUGUUUCCUCCCACUCCUCCUCCUCCUCCUCCUCCUCUGACAAUGACUAGCGAGAGGAGAGCCGGCACUAAACAUGUGCCGCAUAGCUCAAAUGAUUCUGAUAGAACACAAAAAAGUCUACACAAACCAUUGUGGUUUGAACCUUGUGGAAGUAUUGACAAAGACAGAGUGUCAAGGAGGAGUGGUGCUGCUUAUGGUCACGGUUCCUAUCAGUUGAACCACCGAAAUGAGGAUAUCCAAAAUGCUCCACCCUUGCCAUCUGCCACAGUGUUUUCACGGAACCGGAACCGCUUCGCAUAAAUCAACACGGCAACUUUUGUUCCCAUUGGUUGGGAGCAAUUGCAGUAAGUGGCAGUUGGUCAAAGGAACAAUUGAGCAAUCGUCCACAGGAGAAAACAGGAAGGUAACAAGCUGCAAAGGGAGGCCAUAUUCAUCCUGACACAUUUGUCUAUAUUAGUAUAUACUAUAUUCAGAGGAUUCCUUUUUGUUCCUCUUCGUUUUUGGUUCCUGUCGGGUAUUUCAUGCCUUCCACAGCGUGCAGUUGCCGAACCCAUGUGAUCAAUCACACCUUCCCCCAAAUGUUCCCUCUGACAGAUGCGCUUGCAUAUGGUAUCACGCUAAGAAAAAUGGGUUUGGUGGGUCUCAUCACCUGGAGAUCCGGUUUGACGGGCCAACUGGAGGAGGUGUCCUGUCCGUUCUUGUGUGACAAUAUCUACGCCUUUUGUCCACUGACCAUAAGGGUCAUCCAUUCAUUUGUUGCGAUCAAUGGAACGACCCCAACUGGGGCGUAAAGGACCACUACCUUUGCCAUACAUCGGCCGCGGGUGAGGUCCCGUGAGGUUCGGAGGCCGGUAAGGAAACAAAGGCCGCCAAUGAAG